AUGUCGUCGCCCGCAGCCUCCGCCUCUGAUGACCGCAAAAAGCCGGCCGAGCAGAUCACGUUCCGGUUCUGCUCCGAGUGCAGCAACAUGCUGUACCCCAAGGAAGACGAGGUUGACCGCAAGCUCAUGUUCACGUGCCGCACGUGCAACUUCUCGGAGGAGGCCACCUCGUCCUGUAUCUUCCGCAACGCCAUGAACAACGCUGCGGGUGAGACGGCCGGUGUGACGCAGGACGUCGGUAGCGAUCCUACAGUGGGUAGCCCUUCUUCUAUUUCUUGCGAUGAAGUUUUCAGCCGCCGGGGUUCUGGCUCGUCGGGCUCGACGAGCGCGUCUACGGUUUCGGCCUGCGUUUCUUCCUGCCUUGGUUGCGGCUGCGUGAUUGUCUGCGAGACAUGCGGCGACCACUUCUCCAUGCCUGCUGCCGACCCGGGCCCGCCCGGGCUAGAACACGACGAGGUUAGCGUCCUGGAGUUCGACCCAGACGUCGAUAUGGACGAUGACGACGACUUGGACGUGGAUCUGGACGACAUCGAGAUUGUGGCUUGGACGGGUGACAGCCUGGACGAACUCGGCGCACUAAUGUCGCGGACUGAGGACUUCUUUGGGCUCGGCGAGAUGGACUUCGGCGUGGGCGACAAGACCGACGAGGUCCUUAUUGCCAGCGGAAGAAAGCCCCAAGUGCUACCAAGAGCCAAACGGACUUGCCCGGCUUGCAACCAUGAUGAGGCUGUCUUUUUCCAGUCCCAGCAGCGCAGUGCUGAAACCGGAAUGAAACUUUUUUAUGUCUGCUGCGACUGCGGCAACAUUUUCCAAUAGGACUGUUUUUUUUCCCCUCGCGGGGUUGGCUUCCACCGAUGAUUCAUUAGAGGGCAUCGGCACACUUUGGCGUUUAGCGAUAGGGGCUCUUCCAGGUGGAUAUCGGCUUUUGUGGGCGGCGCAGCGUUUGCACUAGGGUCAAUGCAUGUAUCUACUCCAUCGUCAGUCACCGGAGAGAACC